AUGAUGGAGCAGCAGCCCAGCUGGACAGACGACCUGCCCUCGUGCCAUCUCUCUGGGGUGGGCUCCGCUCCAAACCGUUCCUACAGCGCGGACGGCAAGGGCACAGAGGGGCACCCCUUGGAAGAUAACUGGUUAAAGUUCAGGAGCGAGAACAACUGCUACCUCUAUGGUGUCUUCAAUGGCUACGAUGGCAACCGAGUCACCAACUUUGUGGGUCAGAGGCUCUCGGCAGAGCUGCUCUUGGGGCAGCUACACGCGGACCACAGCGAUGCUGACGUGCGCCGCGUUCUGCUGCAGGCUUUUGAUGUGGUGGAAAGGAGCUUCCUGGAGUCCAUUGAUGAUGCUUUGGCAGAGAAAGCCAGCCUGCAGUCCCAGCUACCAGAGGGUGUCCCUCACCACCAGCUGCCUCCUCAAUACCAGAAGAUUGUGGAGAGAUUGAAGGUUGUAGAGCAGGAGAUCUCCGGAGGAGCCAUGGCGAUUGUGGCUGUUGUCCUCAACAACAAGCUCUAUAUCGCCAACGUGGGUACCAACCGGGCGCUGCUCUGCAAGUCCACGGUGGACGGGCUGCAGGUGACUCAGCUCAACGUGGACCACACGACCGAGAACGAGGAUGAACUUUUCCGCUUCUCCCAGCUGGGCUUGGAUGCAGGGAAAAUAAAACAAGUGGGAACCAUUCGCGGGCAGGAGAGCACGCGGCGCAUCGGCGAUUACAAAGUCAAGUAUGGCUAUACAGAUAUCGAGCUGCUCAGUGCUGCUAAGUCUAAACCCAUCAUAGCGGAGCCUGAAAUCCACGGAGGGCACUCGCUGGAUGGCGUGACUGGUUUCUUGGUGCUGAUGUCGGAAGGGCUCUACAAAGCCCUGGAGGCAGCUCACGGGCCUGGACAGGCCAAUCAGGAGAUUGCAGCCAUGAUAGCCACGGAGUUUGCGAAGCAGACGUCCCUGGAUGCCGUGGCGCAGGCGGUGGUGGACCGGGUGAAGCGGAUCCACUGCGACACCUUCGCCAGCGGCGGGGAGCGCUCCAAGUUCUGCCCCCGGCACGAGGACAUGACGCUGCUUGUGCGGAAUUUCGGGUACCCCCUGGGUGAGAUGAGCCAGCCCACGCUGACACCAACGCAAGGAGGCCGUGUCUACCCAGUCUCCGUGCCAUAUUCCAGCUCCCAAAGCACAAGCAAGACCAGCGUCACGCUGUCCCUCGUCAUGCCUUCCCAAGGCCAGAUGGUCAAUGGUGCCCACAGCAGCUCUACCCUGGAUGAAGCCACCCCCACCCUCACUAAUCAGAGCCCCACGGUGACUCUGCAGUCCACCAACACCCACACGCAGAGCAGCAGCUCCAGUUCGGAUGGGGGCCUCUUUCGCUCCCGGCCCGCGCACUCGCUGCAGCCCGACGAGGACGGCCGCGUGGAGCCCUACGUGGACUUUGCCGAGUUCUACCGCCUGUGGAACAUGGACCACGGCGAGCAAGGGGCCCUGACUGUCUCCUGAGGCGAGGAGGYGCCUCCUGCGGCCCCGCUGCGCUCAGCUCCGUGAGCAAAGACCGAGGCGAGGAGGAGAGAGCCGCAGCCAACGGCUGCGACGCG